CAUAAUCUGACCUGCAAUCGUCAAUCCCGAUCGUCCAGCCAGCCACACAGAUUUAAAGAGUACACAUGAUCGCGUAUUUUGUUUGAGCCACUAGCAUUUGAUUACUAGACAAGAUGGAGGAAAGUCCACCAGCUCCCCCAAUGCGUUACACUAGUAACAGCGGCGGUACACUGAAAGCAGACUCAUCUGGUCCAGGUUAUAAACCUCUUCCUAAUACACCUACCGAUGAUGAGAAAAAGAAGAGGAAGCUUAAGAUGCCAUGGCAAGGAAGCAAGAGUGAAGAUAAACCUUCUAAACAAAGGCCUGAGAUCUCCUACCCAACAAGUUUUGAGCACACUGUCCAUGUUGGAUUCGACAGUAUCACUGGAGAAUUCACGGGUAUGCCAGAGCACUGGGCUAAGCUGUUGAUGUCAUCGAAGAUUACUAAGACAGAACAAAAGAAGAAUCCACAGGCUGUACUGGAUGCACUCAAAUUCUAUGAUGAUAGUAACACUAACAGGAAUGAGAAGUUUAUGACACAACAGAAAGUCAUUCUUAGCAAAGGUUCAUCAUUGGAGGAAACAUUUGAGCAAACUUCACUUAAUUCUAAACAUCCUAAUACUCCUAAAUCACCAUAUACUGAAGAAGAAGAUGAAGAUGAUGAUGCCCCACCAGCUAUUGCACCAAGACCUGAACAUACAAAAUCUAAAUAUUACUCAAGGAUUGAACCACCUGCCGAGCCUAGCCCUCCACCAAUCACCCCACCCCCUCCUGCUGCUUCAACUAAUACUGAAACCAGCGUACAGAGGCCUCGGGACAGACAAAAGAAAAAGAAGAUGAGCGAUGAAGAAAUUCUUGAAAGACUUAGGCAAAUUGUGAGCGUUGGAGACCCUAAGAAGAGAUACACCAAAUUGGAGAAGAUUGGGCAGGGUGCGUCUGGUGUUGUGUAUACUGCAAUAGAAAUUGGAACUGGUCAAGAGGUUGCCAUUAAGCAGAUGAAUCUACAGCAGCAACCCAAGAAAGAGUUGAUUAUUAAUGAGAUUCUAGUCAUGCGAGAGAACAAGAACCCAAACAUUGUCAACUACCUGGACAGCUACCUUAUUGGGGGUGAACUCUGGGUUGUGAUGGAGUUCUUGGCAGGUGGUUCUUUGACAGAUGUUGUGACAGAAACUUGUAUGGAUGAAGGUCAAAUUGCAAGCGUGUGUCGAGAGUGUUUGCAAGCGUUGGAGUUUCUUCAUCUUAAUCAUGUGAUUCACAGAGAUAUUAAGAGUGAUAACAUUCUCCUAGGGAUGGAUGGAAAUGUCAAACUAACUGAUUUUGGCUUCUGUGCUCAAAUAACUCCUGAACAGAGCAAGCGUACAACUAUGGUUGGUACACCAUAUUGGAUGGCCCCAGAGGUUGUAACCCGUAAGCAAUAUGGACCUAAGGUGGAUAUCUGGUCUCUUGGUAUUAUGGCUAUUGAGAUGAUUGAAGGAGAACCUCCUUAUCUUAAUGAGAAUCCACUCAGGGCUCUGUACCUUAUUGCAACAAAUGGUACUCCAGAAAUCCAAAACCCAGAGAAGUUGUCACCAGUGUUUAAAGACUUCUUAGCCCAGUGUCUAGAGACUGAUGUUGAGAAGAGAGUAGGCAGCACUGAGCUUCUUGAGCAUCCCUUCUUGAAGAUGGCCAAACCUCUGAAGACACUUGUGCCAUUGAUCAUUGCAGCUAAAGAGGCUAGUGCUCGUCACUAGUCAAUGUCUGGCAAGGAGAACGGUUCCCUUCGUGUUUAGAACUCAGCACUGAGCACUUUGGAAGUUUGCUGGAGGGAAUCCAACUGUUUAAUGUUCAAAUGGAUUUUGUUUUUCAAAGAACCCCUAAGGUUGGUCCUAAAUAAAUCAGGGUUGCUGAUAAAGUAAGAAUUAACCCUGUAAAAUUGUCAUUAAAAACAAAUGUUGAUAUUGCAUCUAAGACUUAACGGUACAUUAGUGGACAUUAUUGGUAAUUACUCAAAAUAAUUAUUAGCAUAAAACCUCACUUGGUAACGAGUAAUUGGGAGAG